CCGUUGGCGCGAAUAACAACAACAAAGCUGACAUGUUAACUCCGCCAAGAUAUCAUCAUUAAUGUGUUAUAAAAUUAAUAUUUAUGUCGGCGCUGUGGGAGCUCGUAGCAGUUCGCUUCUGAUAAUAUGAAUUUAAAUGUUUUUUGGCGCAUUUUUUUACGUUAUACGCUAGUUUGAACGCCAGCUAGCCAGAUCCUCUUAAGUAAGUUAGCACAAGCUCUGUUUAAAACUGACAGCAGCGUUAGAUAAACUUUUAUUUAUAUUCGUCGAAUUUCUUGUUGACAAGCCAUACUAAGGUGGAGCUAGUUCCUAAUGAAUAGUUGGCGUUCAGUUUAAUUACUGUCAGAGUAUUAAAGACUGCUUCUUUAUUAUUUGUUGACAGCCCAUCAAGAGGAGUUACAGAUUGACCAUGUCCAAAGAAGACAAGGGAGGCUUCAUUGUGAAGUUUGUGGAGAGUAAAGGGCAAAAAACGGAGUAUGCUGUCAAGGCUUAUCAGGCCAUUUUGGAGCUGCAGUCAGAAAAAUACUUGAAAACUGUCGACGAAGAUGCUAUUUUACAGAUGGACCAGAAGGACAAAUCUCUGUUUGUUUUCAGCAGCUUCACCACACCCGCCUAUCUGCACUGCCAAAAGCUUGGCUGCCGAGUGGUGAGUCCACUGGUGGUGUUGUACUGCCUGCAGCAGCAGCAUUGUGUCCCCAAAGCAGAGAAGCCCGUCUAUAACAUGGCCAUGGCUGACAUCACUAUUUCCUGCACCAGUCUGGAUAAAGAAACACGGACAGAGGUGAUGGAUCUGGUGCAACUCAUGGGUGGACGGGUCUAUCCUGACUUAAAUAUAUCGGUCACACACCUGAUAGCAGGAGAGGUGGGCAGCAAGAAAUACCUGGUAGCUGCCAGCCUUGGCAAACCCAUCCUGCUGCCCACGUGGGUAAAAGCCUGCUGGGAGAAGUCUCAGGACGGUCUUUUCAGGUACACUGAUCUACCCAUUGAGGACUAUCUGUGCCCUGUGCUGAGUGGCUGCACCGUUUGUGUGACAGGCCUCUCCAGCACGGAGCGUAAAGAGGUGCAGCGGCUCUGUGAUCAGCAUGGAGCCAAAUACACCGGCCAGCUCAAAAUGAACGAGUGCACACACCUCAUCGUUAGUGAGCCAACAGGUCAGAAGUACGAGUGUGCAAGGAAGUGGAAUGUGUACUGCGUCUCUCUGCACUGGCUCUUUGACAGCAUCGAAAAAGGCUUUUGUCAAGACGAGAGCAGGUACACAGUGGAGCGUAACGCAUCAAAGGCCACUCGACCACACACUUCCACCCCCACUGGGACCAGCAAGAAGGAGGAUGGUCCUUCUUUGUUGGGCUUGAGUCACAUCUCUGUCAAUGCAAGCAUGACAAUAAAUGACACGGCGAUCACCAACGCCAGCAUCAGCCGUCUGGAGGCUCCAGACCCCGUAGAUACUCUGGAUCUCACCGUCUGCCCAGCUGAUGACAUACUGGACGGCUGUAAGCUGUAUCUCUGUGGCCUGCCCGGGAAGAAACUGGAGAAGCUGCGACGUCUCGUGAACGCUGCAGGAGGUCUGCGCUUCAACCAGCCCAGCGAGGAGCUCACACAUGUGGUCAUGGGAGAGCUGGACCAGGACUUUAAGAACUUCCUGUCCAAAGCAACACACAGGCCCCAUGUAGUUACGGUGCAGUGGCUGCUGGACUGUUUCACCAAAGGCAGUCUGCUCCCAGAGGCAGGUUACCUCCACCCUGACUGUCUGCCCCCGGCUCCGGCUGUAUCGGUGCCAGCGCAUCAUACUCCAGCCUCCCGGCGUUCAGUUGUUCCCCCUGUGGCCAGUCCCAGCACACCCAGACAUACAAGAGCAGAGGAGGAUCUGCUCUCUCAGUACAUGGAUGAUGAUCCUACAGUCGUGGACAUGCCGCCACCAGGCAGCACAUCUGCAGAACCCUGGGCACCAAACCACACCAGAGAACCCGAGCCAGACUCAACCCUGCAGGAAGCCAGCGAGGCAGGCCUGUUUUAUAGGAAACGUUUUCUUCUUGUGGGCUUUGGCAAUGAGGCCGAGACCCAGCUCUCUCUACUAGUGACGGAAAACGGAGGCAGGGUGCUGACCGGCCGUACACGUGUUGUGGCAGACUAUGCAGUGGUCCCCCUGCUGGGCUGUGCAGUGGAGGCAACGGUGGACGAGGUGGUCACUGAUACCUGGCUGGCCAUGUGUGUGGAGAAGCAGUGUGUUCUCCAGCUGUCCUCCAACCCUUUGUUCAUCCCUGUUCCCAUCAUGGACGGACGUUUUCCUCUCAAAGAUUGUGUUCUCUCCGUCAGCCAGUUCACCGGAGCAGAGAGGGAGUCUUUGGUGGAGCUGGCCAAGCACCUUGGAGCCAACGUCCAGGAUUACUUUGUGCGCCUGGCGAACCAGAAGAAAGGGAUGCUGGCCAGCACUCAUCUGGUGCUGCAGAGCCCCGAAGGCACAAAGUACCAAGCAGCAAAGAAAUGGGGGCUCCCAGCCGUCACCAUGCACUGGAUACUACGGUCUGCUCAGACCGGCCAGAAGGCGCAGGAGGAUCGCUUUCUGGUGGACCUGCCACCCUCACCAGAGAGGGAUGAUGAGAGUUUUGUCGGUGGUUCCCAGAAGCCGUCCAUGCCUCCUCCAGCACGCUCGUCUCCAGAGAUCCCUCUGCUGGGUCUCCAGAGCGGUAAGGCCGUUACCCCGCUGGAUUUAGGUCGCUUCCAGAGCAAAGUGUUCCGCUCCGUGUUGGACGAGAAGAAACCCAAACAGGACAUCUGCACCCCCAAACAAAACCACGAGGGCGGCAGGAGGAACCCCCUUCAGAAGGAGCCCUCCCUGCAGCUGGACACGCCCUCUCGUUUCCUCAGUAGAGACCAGCUGUUCAGGCCCACCUUCAAUGUCAAGGAUGUACUAGGAGCAUUGGAGACUCCAGGGGGAAGAUCCAACCCAGGAGAGAGGGCGGAGACUCCGCUGACUGAUGUCAUCAACAGGAACCUGAAGGUGGCACUCGCCAAUAGCGCCCAAAGUAGCGACCCAGAUAUACAAGCCAUCACUGCAAGCCCUGAAUUCAACAAGACGACAGAGAAGGAGGUCCCAGAAAAAGAAGCCGGCCCUCUGACUGGUCUUGUGAUCUGUGUGGGAAAGAAACUGAGCAAAAUGCAAAGUGAACUCAACGCCAUCGCUGCCUCGCUUGGAGCCGACUUCAGGUGGGCUUGUGACGACACGGUGACUCACUACAUCUACCAGGGCCGUGUGGGGGACAACACCCGGGAAUACAGAGGAGUGAAGGAGAGAGGACUGCACGUUGUCUCCCAGCACUGGCUGCACGCUUGUGCCGAGGAGCAGAGGCACGUCCCCGAGUCUCUGUAUCCGUUCACCUACAACCCCAAGAUGAGCCUGACCCUCAGCCAGGUGCCCAACAACUCUCAGAGGUCUCCCCCUUUCACACGAACCACACUCAAAGACAUCUCUGAGGCAAAGGACGACAGGAGUGAACACAGUGCCACAGAGGAAGCAACAACGUUACGUCGUGUCAGCGAUGGAAGCGUAGAUCGAGAAGAGAUGAACGAUACCGCAGAUAGAACAGAUAUUUCUGAGACUCUAGAAAUGAGAGAGAACCUGCAGAGACAGCUCCAGGAGAUCAUGUCGGCCACCAAGCUGACGACAGGGAGGCGCGCCUCGGUCAGACUCAGCAGGAUGGGAUCAGGAGGGGCCGACUCGGGCCCCCACACCCCUGAUGGGAGCCGCGUGGGACGCUGCGGGAGCAGACGUACUCUGGAAGCUCUGAGGGUGUCCAGAGAAGCCGCCCUGGACAUAAACACGGAGCCGUCUCAGAGUGAACAGAUCGUCUGGGAUGACCCAACAGCCAGGGAGGAGCGGGCCAAGCUGGCUGAUAAUCUACAGUGGCCUGGUAGUCCGUCUCAACACUCUGAGUCCCUCGCACCUCCGCCUCCUCCCACGGCAGAAAACGGCCAACACUUCAGGGACUCCAUGACGGACUCUGAGCUGGUGGAGAUGGCUGCUUGUGACGUCAUCGACCAGCACAUGGGUCAGAGAGUGUCAACGCCUCCAACAAAGGAGCAAGAAAAUGACAUCCUCACUCCUAAAGCCCCCAGCAUCGCCUUCCCUCUCACUAAACCUGCUGUAGCACCGGAGCCACAGGAGGAGCGAGAGGAAGAAAAGCAGCCACCCAGGUUUCAGCUGUCCUGUCUCAGCCCUCAGGAGCGCAUUGAUUACAGUCACCUCAUAGAGGAGCUCGGUGGUGUCGUCCUGGACAAGCAGGGCUUCGACCCCAGCUGCUCCCACAUCAUCGUGGGGACUCCUCUGCGAAACGAGAAGUACCUGGCAUCGAUGGCGGCGGGCAAAUGGAUCCUGCACCGAUCGUACCUGGAGGCCUGCCGCUCUGUGGGCUGCUUCAUCCAGGAGGAUGAGUAUGAGUGGGGCAGCAGCUCUAUUCUGGACGCAUUGCCCUCCGUCAACUCCCAGCAGCGGAGGCUGGCGAUAGCUGCCAUGCGCUGGAGGAAAACCCUGCAGGGACGCUCUGAGGAACAGGGAGCUUUCAGUGGAUGGACGGUCAUGCUGAACAUCGACCAGAGCAGAGAUUCAGGAUUCAGACGGUUACUGCAGUCUGGCAGGGCGAAGGUCCUGCCGAGUCCCUCCCCAUCCAUGUACAAGGAGGCCACUCACCUGUUUGCAGACUUCAGUCGGCUGAAGCCCGGAGACUUCAGGGUCGACGUGUCGGAGGCUACGUCCCAAGGAGUCGUAUGCUUGAAGCCCGAGUACAUUGCAGACUACCUCAUGCAGGAGCCGGCCCCACCUAUCGAGCUGUACUAUCUGUCUGAAGAAACCCCCGGCACGCCGUCACGUAAGCGCAAAGCAUCCGCAGAAACCUCCAGGCUGAAAAAGACGCGUCUGAACUGAAAUGUCACCCCUCUAAAUAUUGUCAUUGAAAUUCCCAUAUCUGUGAAAAUGAUUGUAUAUAUAUAUCUUAUAUUAUGAAAUAAAAUAAAAAAUGUAGCAUU